UCUAGAAGAACCCAAGUUCAACCCAUUUCGUCGACCCGGGGACCCGCGAUAGCGACCAGACCUUAACUCCGGCGUCCGGCGACUUCACGCCGGCGCACUGGUGCCGUUCAACUCGCCUUUCAAUGGCGGACCUUCCUAUGGUCCAGUAUCCGAGAGAGGAAGGAGAAUCGAAGGUCAAAAGCUUCGGGCUUUCCGGCGAUUCUCAAGAAUUUUCCGGCGACAGUUAGCGAUGGAUGAGACAUGGAACUUGGUCUUCUCAUCGAGCUCUACAUCGCGGUAUAGUUAGUUUUUAAUUUCAGUUAUUUUUGAAGAUUUGGGUGUUUGGGAAUUUUCGGCCACCGCCGAGGCCGGCGGUUUUGCUUGUUGUUGAGUCCAAUUUGUUUCGGAAUUGUAUGCUAAUGAAUCAGUAAUGGAAUUGCCCAUUUGUUAAAACCACAAAAGACGAUCAAGUAUGCCAUUGAAUCAAUAACGUAAUUGCCCAUUGUUUGGAAUGGUUUCAAGUUCGAUCUGGUUUCAAAUUCUAAUGGAGAAAGUUUUGGUCUUAUGAUAUGGGUACAAUGGUUGGUUUAGCAGAGUUGGUCUGAAGGUUGGUAAAAGGAUGAAGGAGGACAGAAGACGAGGAUAGAUUUGGUCGUCGAACGUUUUUGCUAACCAAGGCUGCUUACCAUUCUGGUUGGCGUGUUGCUCACUCGCCUUAUUUGACUCCGGUCAAUGUUUUGCCGCAGCCACUCUUGGAAUUUUCGUUUAUUUUCAUAGUUUCCUUUCUCUAAUUAAAAAUCGAUCCCAUCUCCCAGCUUUCAACUUGCUCUCUCUGAUGAAGAUCACAGGCACCCAUCAACACCAUGCAUGAAGCUAUUGAGUUUCACUACCAUAUCUUUGCCUCUGCAAGAGGAAGCUUAAGCUGAUCAAGUUGUUUAACUUGUCUCUUUCUUCACCUCCAGGAAAGUGAGGAAACUCAAGCCUCGUCAACGACGUCCGUCUACGUUGCCUCAAAUCAAUUUUGGACUGAAUUGGACCGGACGGUCAUCUCACGUCCAUGUAAAUCAGGUGGGACCCUUCCCUGGCCAUGUUUGUUUCCCAGAAUCUGGGCAUUGGGAAAUGAAGUGUUUCCUUUCCUGCGUUUGGGACCAGCCAAGAAAGGGAAAUUGGUUCCCAAAGGAAAGGAAAAAAUGGAGGAAAUUGGUUCCUCCCCCCUCAGAAUUCACUUUCCAUUAGCCAUGUUUGUUUCCCAGAAUCUGGGCAUUGGGAAAUGAAGUGUUUCCUUUCCUGCGUUUGGGACCAGCCAAGAAAGGGAAAUUGGUUCCCAAAGGAAAGGAAAAAAUGGAGGAAAUUGGUUCCUCCCCCCUCAGAAUUCACUUUCCCAAUGGAAAGGAAAAUGAUUCAUUUCCUUUCCACCAACCAAACAGGCCAUUCACAAAAGGUCGCUGGAUUUUUGACAAUUAACAACCCGUCAACCCCCCUGUUAUCUUAUCACCGUUGAUGACUUAGAUGAUGUAUUUUCAUGGGUUCGAACCAGACCACCAUUGCAGUUCUUCUGUGAGCUUUCAGAUGUUAUCAAAAAGAUCAAUCAACACUUGAGAGAUCCAGUGUACUAACUCGAGGCUAAUAUGGCCUUGUCUGUAACGGACCUCUUAAUUGGAAAACUUGCGACCAUUCUUGAGAACGAAGGAACAACCAUAGCAGGUGUUCGUCAUGAAGUUGAUGAGAUCAAGGAGGAGUUUCUAAGCAUGAAAGCUUUCCUACUGGAUGCGGAGGCCAACAAACCAAAAACUGAAGGACAGAAAUUGUGGGUUGCAAGAAUCAGAGACUUAGCCUAUGAUGUUGAAGAUAUCAUUGAUGAAUUCAUGUAUCACAUGUAUGAGGAGCAAAGUGGGGGUCGACUUUCAAGGGGGCUACACAAAACCAUUCGCGCUCCAUGUAAUAUUUGGUUCAGGCAUAAAAUUGCAAAGAAGUUGCAGAAAAUUACUGACAUGAUCAAAGCUAUUCCAGAGAGGAAUCAAAGAUAUGGUGUUGGCCUUGUAGGAGGAGCAACUACAUCCGAAGAUAUUCAGAAAUUGGUGCAGAACCAAGCUGAGUCUUCGUUUUUCAUUAUGGAAGACGAACUGGUUGGGAUUGAAGGCAAGAAGCAAAUACUAAUGGGAUGGCUAAUGGAUGACGAGCAACACCAAACUGUUAUAUCUGUGGUGGGCAUGGGAGGUGCUGGAAAGACAACUCUAGUUGCCAAGACCUUCACCAAUGAACUGGUAAAGAGACAUUUUGAUUGUUAUGCAUGGAUUACUGUUUCCCAAACUUAUGAUGUGGUACACUUGUUUCGAAGCUUGAUCAGGGAACUCUACAAAUCAAGGAAGGAAGAUUUCCCUGCAAUUUUGAAUGCCAUGAGCCGCAUAGAAUUGCUAGAGUUACUAGUUAACUACUUGGAGUCCAAAAAAUACCUAGUUAUUCUAGAUGACGUGUGGGAUAUAAAAGUAUGGAGAGAAAUAAAGGUAUCACUUCAUGAUAGACGACUUGGAAGUCGAGUCGUACUUACAACUCGAAAUGAAGAAGUAGCAUCCAACUCUUUUGGAGUUGAAAGCUAUGUUUACCGUAUUCAGCCCCUGCAAAAGAAUGAGGCUUGGGAACUCUUUAGCAGGAAAGCAUUCUCAACUAAGCAACACAAAACUUGUCCAACUGAGCUGAAGUCAUUAGCUUGCCAACUUGUGGAGAGGUGCGAAGGCCUUCCUCUCGGUAUUGUGGCUUUAGCUGGUCUUAUGUAUUCUAAGAAGUCGCUGGAUCAAUGGCAACAAGUCUGCAACAACUUGAAUUGGUAUCUACAUAACAAUUCAUCGCUAGACCCUGUGAGAAACAUUUUGUUGUUGAGUUUCACUGAUUUGCCAUCUCAACUGAAGCAUUGCUUCCUCUAUUGUUCCCUUUUUCCGGAAGAUCAUCUAUUUAAUAGAAAAAGGCUGACUGGAUUGUGGAUAGCGGAAGGAUUUGUUGAAAAUGUGAAAGGGGUCACGUCCGAAGAAGUUGCAGAUAGCUAUCUUCGGGAGCUCUGCUUCCGUAGCAUGUUACAAUUUGCAGAUGGUUUUAUUUCCGGAGCACCUUUGGGAAGGCCGAAAAAACUUAAGAUGCAUGAUCUGAUGCGGGAGCUUGCUUUGUCGACAGCCGAAAAAGAAAAGUUUGGUUAUGUAUACGACGGGAGAGAAGUAAUGGAAGAGAUCUCAACCCGUCGCUUGUCAAUUCACAGAAUGGAAGGAGAAAUUAAAUCAUGGCGGGGUAUGUCAAAGAUUCGUUCUCUUCUUGUAUUUGACACCGACACGUCCUCAUUGUCUUUCAUAAAUACACUGGUUUCUCAAUUCAAAUUGUUGAGGACUCUAGACUUGGAGGAUGUCCAAAUUGAUAAACUGCCCGGUGCAGUUGUUUACUUGUUCAACUUGAGAUAUUUAAAUUUGAAGGGCACUUUAAUCGAGGAACUUCCAGAGUCCAUAAGGAGUCUCCGCAACCUUCAAUUUCUGAACAUCAGGGAUACUAAGAUAGAAUCACUUCCACAAGGAAUUACGAGGUUGCUGAACCUGCGGAAUCUAAUUAUGUAUCGCUACACUAGGAACCUGUACUUCAAAAUUGCGAGUGGGACAAAAGCGCCAUCAAAUAUUUGUAAGUUGCAGAAAUUGCAAAAUUUAUCAAUAAUUGAAUCAGAAGGGGACACUUGCAGACUUAUCGGCAACAUGACUCAACUUAAGACCAUCGGCAUAUCAAAUGUGAAAGAAAGAGAAGAGAUUGACCUUUGGGUCUCAAUUAAGAAGUUGACUCUGCUUCAAUCUCUAGGUUUAAUGGCAAGUAAUGAAGAGGAAAUUCUUCCGGUGAUAGCAGAAUGUCCAGCUCUUCCGCACCUUCGAAAGCUUAUUUUGGUUGGCAGACUGCAAAACGUAAUACCUUGGUUUUCUUCACUGCAUGGCCUCACAACUCUGGUUCUGCAUUGGUCAAGACUUGAAGAGGAUUUACUACCUCAAAUUGAAGCACUGCUCAAUCUGACAAGGCUUUAUCUUUGUAAUGCAUAUGUAGGGGAAGAGUUGUGUUUCCGCAGAGGCUUUGUAAAGCUGAUGAGGUUGGAGUUGUUGAAUUUUGCCUCGGUGAAAAAGAUAACUAUAGAAAAUGGGGUGAUGCCAAAUCUCCAGUACUUAUGCGUUAACAGCUUCAUAGAGUUGAAGACAAUGCCACUGGGCCUUGAAUACCUUUCUACUCUACAAUAUUUGGGCUUGAAAGAUGUUCCCAUGGAAGUUAUGAGGCCCAUUCGGAAAGGAGGUGUGGAUCGCUCUAAGGUACAACACAUUCCUGAGAUCAUACAUGUUUUUGAACAGUCAUCCAAGUGGGUCCACGAAAACUUGGCCUAGUAUUUCUUUCUUCUGAAAGAAUCAAUCAAGUCCGACAAGUAUAUAUUGAAGAAGAUUUGACGCAGUACGUUUGAUGAAGAAUCCUUUCUGUACAUGUGGGAAGAUGCAAGGACCAAUCUCGGUUUGUCAUUUGCCUCUUCAAGACUGUUUCUGAUGUUGUACUUAUUAUUGUUUGUUUGCAUUGGCAUGUAAUAAUGUUGGAUCGAAUGCCACUUUAGCAGUAUGAAUUGUUAUAAAGAUUAGGGAUCCAUAUCGAGCACUUUGCGAAUC